UCUUCGGUUGCUGUCAUGGAGUCGUCUAUGGCAAGGGUUAUUGCAGUAACUGCCGGUGUGCUCCUGGUCUCUACCUUGGGGAUUGUCCUUGGGGUGUUUUACCUGGGCAAAAAGAAAAAGGCGCCCGCGACUCUCCUUGACCCCACUAUAAAAUAUCCUCUUAGACUCAUCGACAAAGAGGUCAUCAGUCAUGACACGCGCAAGUUUCGUUUUGCGCUGCACAGUCCGGAGCAUGUCUUAGGCCUACCAGUCGGCAAACAUGUCUACCUAUCUGCUCGGAUUGAUGGAAACCUGGUUGUACGUCCAUACACUCCUGUGUCCAGUGAUGAUGACAAAGGAUUUGUUGACUUGGUGGUGAAGAUCUAUUUCAAAAAUGUCCACCCUAAGUUUCCAGAGGGAGGUAAGAUGUCUCAGUACUUGGAUAGCUUGCGGGUAGGAGAUGUGGUGGAGUUCAGAGGACCAGGGGGUUUGCUAGAGUACAAAGGCAAUGGUCUGUUUGCUGUUCAGCCUGAUAAGAAAUCACCUGCUGAGAUGAAGACUGCCAGAACUUUGGGUCUGAUUGCAGGAGGAACAGGCAUCACUCCUAUGCUUCAGCUGAUCCGUGACAUAAUGAAGAACCCUAGUGACAAAACUACUUGCAGCCUCCUGUUUGCCAACCAGACUGAGAAAGACAUUCUCCUGAGGGAUGAGCUGGAGGAAGUCAAGGCUAGGCACCCCGAUCGGUUCAAACUGUGGUACACUGUGGAUAAAGCGCCUGCAGACUGGGAAUACAGUGAAGGCUUCAUUAAUGCAGAUAUGAUUCAGGAACAUCUUCCACCCCCAAGUGACGACUGCCUCAUUCUCAUGUGUGGUCCGCCUCCCAUGAUCCAGUUUGCCUGCAACCCCAACCUUGACAAGCUUGGCUACAGACAGGGCCAACGCUUUGCUUACUAGUUACUUCUCAUGCUGGGGCCUUCUUAAAAAUAAACUCCAAAGAUGGCAGCACUGAGGCAUGCCCAUCAGCUUCCUUGGAAAAUUCAGCCUAAUACAGUCCAUUGGUUAAUAAUAGACAGCUCCACAAUGUCAGUCCUUAAAAAGACAGGCUUAGUAUCUGCGUGUGAAUUUAUUAUGACUCUAAUACAAAUGUUUCAGGCCAAAUUUUUAGGGUCAUGAAAAACCAAGCUCAUGCUCAGACCUGCAUAGUGACAUGCUUUAUCGUAUCACCACAUGUAUCUGUAAACUGUCAGAUACUGAUAGAGCUCCAAAAUGUUUAAAAUGCACUUGAGUCAUUUUGCUGUGUGCAGAGUGGCAUUAUUAAGUAUUCAGGCACCUGCUGUUGCUGGCUUUAGCAUUGAAUAUUUUAUUUGUGCCUGUGUGGUUGGAUUGAAUUUACCAAUUAAUUGUCUGUGCAACUGUGUGAAUUUAUAAUGUCCUUUGAAAUGUUUUAUAUGCAUGCACUUACUGUAUCAUAUCAGUUAAAUACAGUCAACUGUUUCAAGCACUGAACAGAAUACAAAAAAAUGA